CCUAUACUAAACAUCAAUCCUUCGAGAAAAUUUCGCGUUUACACACUUCAGUUGUGGUAUAGAUCGUUAUUGGGUGAGCACUUCCGAUUCUUCAUCAGUGAAAUCGCCGAAAGAAGGAAAUUACCAGGGGCUAACCAAGCACCUUUCAUUGUGCGGCGUGUGUCGGAGGCUUGUCACAGUGCCAUAACUCGGAAGAGACACCAAUUUGUCUCGCCAUCAGAGAAGCAUUAAAUUGGAGGUGUAUGUGCUCUUCUAAAUCGGUUGUGCGACUUCGAUUUAGUGUAUCAGAAUAUUUUGCGACAAAAACAUGAAUCAUGGUAAAGUUAGGAACUGGUGAAGAUUACGCGUUGUCCAAAACCCUACUGGUAAUUGUACUUUAUUUCUGGGAUACGAGGAGGUAUGUGGGGGCGGAGGUUGUUGCUGAUGAGAGGCUUGUUCAGGGAACUAACGUGAAUCUUGGUGAUGCCCUCCAGUUCCUGAGAGAAUUCGAUGUAGAAGCUUCUAGAAUAUGCUUCAGUGUUGGCACAACUCAAUGGUCUUAUGCCACAAACAUUACCGAUUUCAACAGAAGGAGAAUGGUUGAAGAACAAACGUUGAAGGCGAAAUUUGACAAACUAACAUGGAACAGAGCAAUAACUUUUGAUUGGACAAGGAUACCUGACCCUAUGGUUAGGAGACAUCUUAAAUUCUUAGUCACCGGAAACAGAGGAAGCUUACCAGAUGAAAAAUAUAAUGAGAUAUAUCAUCUUAUUUCUGAAAUGAAGGAUAUUUAUACCCACACCAAAGUAUGUCCCUAUGAGAAUUUCGAAAAUAUUAAUUGCGAAUUGGAGUUAGAAGAUAUAUCGAAAAUCAUGGAGGAAUCUAGGAACCCUCUCGAAUUGGCACAUAUCUGGAAGGAAUGGCAUGACAAAACAGGACCUCCUAUGAAGAAUAAAUUCAUGAGAUAUGUGGAGAUAGCGAAUCAGGCAUCUAAAAUAAAUGGGUUUCAAGAUGCAGGAGAAGAGAUGCGCUAUAUUUAUGAAGAUCCGAAUUUCGAAAACGAAAUCUCAGAAUCUUUCCGAAGAUUACAACCUUUAUACAAAGAACUUUUUACGUAUGUCAGAAGAAGAUUAUUAAAUCAAUACGGAUCAAGUGUUAUCCGCCCAGAUGGACCUCUUCCUGCUCAUGUCCUAGGAAACUUGUGGGCACAAGAAUGGUCCAAAAUAGGAGAUAUUGUAACACCAUAUCCAAGUGCUGCCAAAAUGGAUGUAACUGACGAGAUGCGGAGACAAGGCUUCACACCGCUAAGGAUGUUUCAAAUGAGCGAAGAAUUUUUCACAUCAUUAGGAUUGAAAUCGAUGCCACAUGAGUUUUGGAGGCAUUCAAUGAUUGAAAGACCUGUAGACAGAAAAGUGCAAUGUACAGCAAGUGCUUGGGACUUUUGCAACAGAUUAGAUUAUAGAAUAAAACAAUGUACAGAAGUCAAAUUGUCAGAUUUGAUAACAACGCAUCACGAAAUGGCCCAUAUACAAUAUUAUUUAUAUUACGCUGGUCAACCUUUUCUCUACAGAGAUGGAGCUAAUCCAGGUAACUAUAUUCUCAUGACGAGUUUCCAUGAAGGAAUAGCAAAUGCUAUUAGCUUGUCUGUUUAUAAUCCAACUCAUCUACAUCUUGUUGGAUUGUUCAAUAAUGAUACGAGCAACUAUGAGACAAAUAUAAGAUUUUUAUUUGAAUUGGCAUUAAAAAAGGUUGCAUAUGCACCUUUUGCCUAUCUUGUUGAUUUGUGGCGUUAUGAAAUCUUCAGGAACGGAGUUUCAAAUAUGAAUUCGGACUGGUGGCAACUCCGUAUCAAAUUUCAAGGAAUUGUUCCACCUGUACUACGAAGUGAACAACAUUUAGAUGCUGCUGCUAAAAGGCAUAUUCCAGCUGAUAUACCAUACAUGAAAUACUAUGUAGCUCUACUAUUGGAAUUUCAAAUCUUUGAAGCGCUUUGUAAUGCAGCUGGACAUACUGGACCUCUGCAUAAUUGUGAUAUUUACAGAUCUAGAGAAGCUGGUCGUAUUUUAUCAGAUAUCAUGAAUAUUGGGAAAUCAAAACAUUGGAAGGAUGUGGUUAAGUUAUUAACUAAAGGAAAAUCAGACAGGAUAUCUGCUGACUCUAUGAUAAAAUAUUUCCAACCUCUUUUCAAUUGGCUGAAAGUGCAAAAUAAGAACGAGAAUAUUGUAGGAUGGAUGACCAACCAAGAAGAUGCUGCUUUAUUUCAGCACUUGGUUUCAGCAGAAAAUAAUUUGAAGCACUCUAGUAGUAUCAUAAGAUCAGUUAUUAUUACAUUGUUACCAAUUUUGAUAUUAAAAUGAUAUUUUUUGUAUAGAACAGACUUUAAAUAAAAUAUGAAAUUGGAUCCUAUAUAAUCUCAUCACUAUAAUAUUAGACUUCUCACUUAA